AUGGCAAAGUUUGUUCAUGCCGAUGUUGUUGAGCAGAUACUCUUAAGGUCAGAAGUGAAGGAUCUGAUCCGUUUCAAGAGCGUGUGUAAGUCAUGGCAUUCUUUAAUCACAAGUCCUCGUUUCGUUAAUCGUCACCUUAAGCAUAGUUAUAAUAAAGAUCGCAACGACAGUAAGAUUGGACAUAGAAGAAUUACUUUCGCAGAUGAUGAUCAUCGUCCUCGUAAUCUUGUUGGUUCUUCCAAUGGCCUGGUUUGCGUCGAGUCUGCUUAUCUUCAUUUUUCAGUAGUCAAUCCCUUGACAGGAGAGGUAACACAGCUGAGGCGUUCUCCUUAUAUUUGUUUGUGGUUAUUUUGGGGUUUUGGUUAUGAUGAAUCCACAGAUGAUUACAAGGUCAUUGUAAAAGGCGAAAAUCGAACAUGUGUUCGGGUGAUGAGCUUGAAAUCAAAUGUUUGGAGAGUUAUUGAAGAUGUGAAGUACGAAUUUAUUAGUAAGACUGGUAUUCUAAGCCAUGGUGCACUUCACUGGAUUGUAAGAGAUCAAAAUUGUAAGAAACUGAUUAUUUCUUUUGAUUUAUCCAAAGAAGAAUUUAAAGAAAUUCCCCAACCUGCCGAUGCAGGAUAUGAAUGUACUUAUAGUAGCCGGCUGGGAAUCGUCAAAGAAUGUCUGUGCAUAUUUCGUCGAUCAAACUGUUGUUUGCUUGACAAUUUAUGGAUAAUGAAAAGCUACAAUGUAAAAGGAUCGUGGGAACGGCUGCCGCAUAUUCAUAAUAUGCAGCAUGAUAUUGUACACCAUUUGAAGGGAAAUGUAUCAUGGCCGUCAAGUACCCUGGAACAUCAUUGGGGUUGUGAAUGCGGUUGGAAGAAUACUGCCGCACCGAUAUUUGUGCAGAGCCUUGUAUCUCCACAUGUAAAUGGGAGGCCAGCUAGUGCUAUUAAUCUCUUGAGGAAUUCUAGGGUGGGUUCUGUUGAUGCUCCGCCGUUAUAAUGGGAGUUCUAUUGAUACUCCCCCGGACCCUGGAUAUCGCCGUUAUAAUGGGAGUACUAUUGAUGUUCCACCGGACCUUGUAUCUCCCCACUAUAAUGAGAGGCCAAAG